UGAACCAUGCGCAGCGGCGCACACAUCCCGGGUUCAGAGCUAAUUUGGCUUGCGGUGGCUCAUUGCUUCGGGGCUGGCCGUCCCCCAAUGAAUUUUUAAGGUGCCGAGCAUGGCCAGCAAGAAGGAGCCUCCUUUCUUCAAUGAGGGCAACGUGGGGCCGUUUUAUCGCAAACUCCUGUACUGUGAGACUAUGGAGCUCUUCAUCGAAACCCUCGCGGGAACAUGCUUCGAGCUGCAGGUAUCGCCUUUGGAAUCGGUUGUCUCUGUGAAAGCGAAAAUCCAGCGACUGGAAGGGAUUCCGGUGUCUCAGCAGCACUUGAUCUGGAAUAACGUAGAGCUGAAGGAUGACUGUUGCUUGAACGACUACAACAUUGCAGAAGGUUGCACUUUGAAGUUGAUCUUGGCUAUGCGAGGGGGACCUAUUAAUACUAGAAGAG